CUACGAGUAAGUUAUCAUUCGCUUAUUUGUUACAUACAAUUCUGACUGGGAAAAAUACAGCAAAAUAUCAGGUGAAGCUAACUUGCAAAGCUAUCCAAUUCUACUCCUGGAGUCAUGCAUAAUUACUAAGGAUAUGGACGUUUGACAAUUUCAUUGAAUAAACCGUUGGAGUACCUACCCAACAGAAAAUAUACCUAAUGCAGGAAAGCCUUGUUACACAACAAACGAGUAUAUCACCGGAUUUUAUAAAAAGAACUGGAACAAACAAAGGAAAAGAUUACGAAGUCAUAUUUAUAGCAGAUAGAAUUUUAAAAUUACUGAAAGAUGCACACAUUGAAGAUUUUUAUAUAUCUUCAAAUGACAGUGAAUUUGGAUCAUUUGAUGACAUGGUACUCGAAGUAAUAUACUGCAACACAACUAAAAUAGACACGUAUGCCCUACAAUUGAAGCAUAAAGACAACAACGAUUUUACAAUUAAAGAUCUUAGGGCCAAAAAAGGAAAUUUUAGUAUUCGUGAAUACUAUCAAGAUUGUUCCAACCACUCCAAGUUGUUGGACGGAUCAGUUAAAACGAUUUUAUUUACUAACUGCCCAUUACAAAAAAAAUCAGACAAAUUUCAAGUUUUUUUGACAAAUGAAACAGCUAAUAUUGUACCGGCCGAUAUUGAAAUCGAAGCUUCAAAACCUAAUGAUUUAAUAAACACUUCGUCCAAAGGUGAAUGGUAUAAAUUAAACUCAGAUCCAAAGUAUAACAACUUUUUUGAAAAAUUUUUCUUAUACACUGGACAAUUAAACUUGGAAAACUUACGAAUGAGAUGUCUGAACGAAUUUCAAAGCAUGUUUCAUUGUGAUGAAUCUGUGUUUAACGAUUAUUUAAACUUUUUGACCCAGUGGAGUAUGAUUGAAGGAAAAAAAGAAAAAUUAACAAAAUCGUGGAUUAAACGAGUGAUAGCUCUUCAAGUGUUGUCACCAUUUAUUAAACCGCUGUCAUUUAAAUUUGGAUCAAAACUCGAACAGAAACGAAAAAUACUACAAAAUCGAAAUUUCAUGUAACAGUAAAAAAUCCCGGCAAUUAAUUUGAGUGAAGGUGGAAGGUUCGUCGUAUUAAGUCCAAAUAUGCAAUUUGAAGAAAAAACUCAUUUUCAAUGCUUGUCCAAUUUAAAAAUCGAAGAAUCAAUUUAUGAAGACAUUUUAAACA